AUGGCGUGCGUACACUUACCUUCGGCUGACCUCAAGCCACCUACUGUAAACCAGUCUGUUUACCGAGAAGACUGUACCCUGUGUUUCGACUCAAUAGAUAAUGAUACAGGACUAAAUGUCUGUCUUCAUUGCUUUAAUGGAGGUUGUGCCGGAGAGAGGCAGCAUGCCGCUCUACACAGCCGCCGUCAUGGCCACCCGUUGGCACUGAAUAUCAAGAGAACCAGAAAGCAGGUGGAGCGUGCCGAGCCACCGGUUAAGAUGUCGAAGCUUGCUAUUGAAGCAAGCUCUGAGGACGAUCAGUACGACGUAGCCACAAAGGUUGUUUGCCUUGAAUGCGGUGUUGACAAAGUGGAAGAUUGCCCACCUAAAGCAGCCGAAGUUAUUGACAAACUGAUGAAAGCUCCUACUUUCUCCCGGAAGGAAGAGGUCAAGGCAUGGGAACAGGAACUCGUUCCCUGCGAACAUACCACAGGUCUACAACAGGGUUCCAACCAGGGCAUCAGAAUCAGAGAACCGUCCAAAUGCUACGGGUGUGACCUCCAGGAAAACCUCUGGCUCUGCCUGGAGUGUGGCACUGUUGGCUGUGGACGAGCACAGUUUGGCGGUGUGGGCGGUAACUCCCACGCCCUUGCUCAUUCAAAUGAGAAAUCACAUGGCGUGGCGGUCAAACUUCGAUCCAUUACUCCCGAGGGUUCUGCAGAUAUCUACUGCUAUACCUGCAAUGAAGAGAGGACGGACCCGGAGCUAGCACAACACCUGUCCCACUGGGGAAUCAAUAUUGCAGAGCAAGAGAAAACUGAGAAAAGCUUAACCGAGCUCCAGAUUGAGCAGAACCUGAAAUGGGACUUCUCAAUGACAUCCAAUGAUGGGCAGGUGUUGAACCCAGUCUUUGGGCCGGAGCUUACUGGGCUUAAAAACCUCGGAAACAGCUGUUACAUGGCCAGCGUCCUGCAAUGCUUGUUUGCAUUGCCUGAAUUCAAGGAUCGCUAUUUCAAACCCAAUGAGGAGCCUCCAUCUUCCUCUGUUCCAGCGGAGGACCUUGAGACUCAACUAAGAAAAAUUGCCGAUGGCCUCCUCUCCGGACGUUAUUCUGUACCAGACCCUGCUGCAGCUGGUAGUGCCUCUGAUGUUGUCUACCAACGCGGACUCUCACCAUCUAUGUUCAAGCACUUGAUUGGCCGAGGCCACCCUGAAUUCUCAACUAUGCGCCAACAGGACGCAUUUGAACUGCUCUUGCAUCUAUUUAAGAUCAUCAGUGUAUCCCCACACUCUGGUGCCAAUCCAAACCCAGUUGAAUCAUUCAGAUUCGCCGUGGAACAGCGAUUGCAAUGUACAUCGUGCAAAAAGGUACGAUACAAGGUCGACGAGCAGGACAACAUCUCUGUCGAGGUUCCGGCAAUCCGGCUCAAUCAUUUCAUGCCAGGUCCUGGAACGGAUCAGAUGUGGGAAACGGUCCCUCUUCAAGAUUGCAUUGACCUGUUCACAAGAAUGGAGAAUGUUGAAUUGACUUGUUCAAGCUGCGGUAACAAACAAUUCUCGAAACAGUCGCUGUUCAAGACACUCCCGCAGAAUUUGGUUGUCAAUGCACGGCGAUGGGAGGUCGUGAACUAUGUGCCCAUGAAGUUAGACAUCCCAGUGGUGGUUGGCAACGAGCCACUAGACCUGACGCAGUACCUUUCCAAGGGUAAACAGGAAAAUGAAGAGGUUCUGGAAGACGAACCCGAAAAUUCUGCUCCUGAAUUCGUGCCUAACUCGGAUGCAUUUGCUGCGCUAUGCGGUAUGGGCUUCCCCGAGAAUAGGGUGAAGAAGGGACUGUUCAAUACUGGCAACUCGGAUCAGGAGGCAGCUUUGAACUGGAUACUCGCUCACAUGGAUGACCCAGACAUCGACCAGCCCAUGGCUGCUGGCGCGGGCUCAUCUUCCGGUGCCCAGAAACCUUCCGACGGAGACGAGAAGAUCAGCCAACUAGCCGACAUGGGUAUCGAGCGAGAUAGGGCUGAGAAGGCGCUUGGGGCCACAGACUGGGACGUGACGAGAGCAUUGGACUGGGUCUUUAGCCAUCCCGACGAAGCUGUCGAGCCGAAUCCUACGGCAGCCGCAAGCAGCUCGGGCCCAUCAGGCAGCAUCCCAGGAUCGAGCGAGAAGCCAGCCUUGUUCGACCUGCAAUCCAUCGUCUGCCACAAGGGCACGUCAGUUCAUGCAGGUCACUACGUUGCUUUUAUCCGCAAGCAGGUACCGUCGGAGAAGGAACCGAAGUGGAUUCUCUUCAACGACGAGAAAGUUGUUGCUGAAGCUGGCGACGUCGAGGAGAUGAAACAGUUUGCAUAUAUUUACAUAUUCCGUCGUGUGUAA